UGCAAGAACAUGGGACAAGUUUCUCACCACCCUUCUUUAAGGGCAUGUGAUUCUUGCUCAGAUAGAAACGUGACGUGCCAAAAGCUAGUUGUUAUGGCAGUAGCAACCGACUGCAAGGAGUGCAACAAGAAGGCACUUGUUCGCUUAAGUGACAUGGCAGAUGGCAAGGAACUGCCACCAGAAUUAGAAUUGGUAGUUCCCUUGCCAGAUGUCGUUCAUAUUGGAAAAAGGUUUAAGUGUAGCUGGUCGAAUUGGUUUAUCAACUUAGACGGUGAAUUUAGCAAUCUCGUGUUGCUUCGAAGCUUACGUAACAAUGCGGAGGCGUUUAUCAAAAAGAAGCUUCGAAAGUUGCUCUUACUUAAAUGUGUUAGGAAUAAAGACAGAAUGGCUGUCGAACCCAUUAUUCGUUUAACACGACCAGAAGUUCUCAAAGUGCUGGAGGACGUUAAGUUCGUUGUGCAUACCAUCGUACCAGAACAAUACAGGUUUUGGAAAAGUAACCAACGUGGUGUAUGCUCUCACCUGAUCGCAGUUUCUGAAGGCCCAACAGGCUCGAUCCUUGCGCUUGAUUACAACUUUGAGACAGGUUUAUCAAGACUCCUAACAAUAAGAUUGCACCAGCCAGCAGAUGUCUCUGUUGUGCGAGAUGGACUGAAGGAUGCUAGGAACUUGUGCUUCAUCGAUGGGAUUGCAUUCUUGUGCGAAAGGGGAAAAUCUACAAUUUCUUUUGUCGACUUCGAGGGAAAAGUGAAGAUAAGUACAAAGUCACUCAAGCGACGAGCUGAACUUCUGAGGCACUUAGAGGCACUAUCUCUCCCAACGGAUGGAACGGUUCCCGUUUUGCGUGAAAGACUAAAGGACCACUUGGGUGCCAUUUCUAAGAACACGGACUGUGCAGAACACGUCCAGAUGCAUCCUAAUCGUCUUGGUAAGCCUUCUGCUGUCUAUGCUGCAAGCAAUGAUUUGUUAUUUUGUAGUGAUGACGAGAGUCAAUAUGCCUAUCAGAUAACAUUGACAAUUGAUGGAGUGACGAUUCAUGGCAAUGCUACGAAAUUCACUGCCUAUCCAUCCAGCAUCAUAAAUCUUUUGUCUAUUACUCUACUUGACCAAUGCGCAUUUUUCUCAGGAGCCUCGAGCCAAGGUGGGCUUUAUAAAUGUGAACUUAGCACAAAGACAGUGACCAAAGCUGUAUGCAACUCGACUCUUUCUUGCUCUGAGGUAAACCAAGUAUGCACCUUGAACGGGAGGGUAGUUUACACGGAUACAAAGGCGGGAAAGGUUAUGCAAUACAACCCUGAUGAUAAAUCGGUUAGGACUUUGGUAGGAAGUGGCCACAACAGUUCUUCCGAUGGGACACAAGACUCAUGCUCAUUCAAACAAAUUGAAGGGAUAUGCUCUGUAGAAAAGAACUUGUUUGUUACAGAUGUUUCCGCUGGAAAACUGAAGAUAGUGACGAGCCUCUCAGAAACGGUAUCUUCCUGGGGAUUCUUGGCUCCCUUUACGAUACCUUUGGAAUUCAUUUUAAGGGUAUGAAACCAGACGGAGUGUCCUUGAAACAAGCAAAAGAGAACGUGACAAAGAUUGACAGCUAUGUAAAAGACACUGUGAGUAAGGUGAAAGAACGCUACCAGUUGAGCGAGAUGUCUGCAACCAAUGGU